UUCCGCCCCGGCUUCCCAGGCUGCUCUGCGGUCGCGCUGGGAGACUGACGGCUCACCCCUCUGUGCUGGAGUUGUGCUUCCACGUCACCUGCGAAGGGUCACCCGCGGUGCCCAGGGCCUAGCGCUGGCGGGCGGCGGGCGUCUGUCACCAUGGAAACGACCGCCGGGGGCCCUGGAUCUUGGAGUGAAAAUAUACUGCAGUAUUUUCUGAGAAAUAACCAUAUCAAAACAGAAGAUGGUGCCCAGAUCACCUGGUAUCAUGCUGCUAACCAUAAGGCACAAAUGAAUGAGGCACUGAAAAGUACUGCCCACAUGAUAGAGGCUGACGUCCUCCUUCCAAGUGAGGGAUCAGACCAGAGCCAACCGAUCAUGGCCCAUCCUCCUGAAACAAGUAGUGACAAUACUCUCCAGGAAUGGCUGACUGAAGUUACGAAAAGCAAUAAAGGCAUCAAGCUGGAUUUUAAGAGUCUGGCAGCCGUAGAGCCAGCCAUGAUGCUCUUGGAAAAUGUGAAGAAGCAUCUGAAGCGUCCUGUGUGGAUUAACGCCGACAUUCUUCCCGGUCCAAAUGGAAACAGCAGAGUAGUGGAUGCAAAGCCUUUUAUAGACACUGUGACUUCCUUCUUUCCAGAUGUGACGUUUUCCCUGGGUUGGACCACAGGAUGGCAUCCUGAGAAAGUUAAUGAAGGUUAUAGUUGGACAAUGGUGAAAGAGAUGGAAUGCAUAUGCAAUGAACUAAGUCAGCCUGUAACUUUUCCUGUCAGAGCAGCAUUAGUCAGGCAGUCUUGUUCUCAGUUUCUCUGGCUGUUAAAGAAAUCAAACAGGUACAGCCUGACUAUUUGGACUGGAAAAAAUGAUAACUAUUCCAUUGAAGAUUUACUUUAUAUUAGAGACUAUUUUGACAAAAAACAAGUUUUCUAUGAUAUCUUGGAACCACAAAAUUAUGAAUUUAAACAAGCCAUUGGAAUCAAAGUUAAUCUCUAAGAAGAAGAUUCUUCUAAAUUAUUUUAUGUUUUGGUUUCAUAAUCCUCUGCUUUGGUCUGAAUUAAUUACCAUAUAAAUUGUAAUGAUUGAGUUAUGCUCCAAUUUGUCCAAU